GUUUGUUUCGGAAAUGGUCGUCAAGUGAACAGCGUAAACAUAAUUUUUUGUUAAAUUAAUUACCAAUAAAUUGUAGCCAUGAGCAGCCGCAAUCCUAACACCUUGAUGAGUGUUCCAGACGAGCAGUUCGAUUAUCUAUUUAAAAUAGUGCUCAUUGGGGACUGUGGGACUGGAAAAACAUGUAUUGUGCAACGUUUGAAAUCCGGUAACUUUAUAGAAAGACACGGCAAUACAAUAGGCGUAGACUUUUCAAUGAAAACAUUAAUAGUAGACGGGAAGAAGGUCAAGCUUCAGAUAUGGGACACAGCAGGGCAGGAAAGGUUCAGGACAAUAACACAAAGUUACUAUCGGUCAGCGAACGGAGUAAUUAUAGUGUAUGACAUAACGAAGAGAUCCACAUUUCUCUCCCUUCAAAAGUGGAUAGAAGAAGUGAGACGUUACACUUCAUCCAAUGUCAUUGUGUCAUUAAUAGGGAACAAGUGUGACCUCACGGAUCAACGGGAGGUGGAACAGGAUGAACCAAAGUCAUUUUGUCGUUAUGUUCCUGAGAUCAUGUUCGUGAUGGAGACGUCUGCUAAGGAUAACACUAAUGUUGAAGAUACAUUCCGGAGUUUGGCAACAGAGUUAAAGAGACAGCAUGACAGCAGUGAAGGCCCACCAGCAGAAUCAGACUCUGUGGUGCUCGGAGACAGCCACUCUGUAAGUAGGUGUCAGCCAUGUAGGUCCUCUUAGGCAAAUCAUAGUAUACUAGGACAAUCUGCCAUUUCUUUUAUUCUUACUUUUAAUGGCCUGGAUGAUAACCAAAUAUUUUUUAUGUCACAAUUGCAAUGGCUAUGAACACUUUGUAAAUAUAAAUAUUGUAAUGAAUUUAAUCGUAAUAUUAUUGGGAAUACUGUGUAGUUAAAUGAAUUUAGGCUCAAUAGCUCAACGGUUGAGGAGCGAUCUGAAUUACGACAGGUCGGCGGUUCAAACCCCACCCGUUGCACUAUUGUCGUACCCACUCCUGGCACAAGCUUUACGCUUAAUUUGAGGGGAAAGGGGAGUAUUAGUCUUAAAGUCUUAGACUAAUAUUCUUAAAAAAAAAUAAGACAAGUUACAAGGUGUUUUAAAGUUGGAAAAGAUUGCACCUACUCAGUAGGUUUGGUUUGCGGUUGCGAAUUCUGUAACUUAGCCUGAGAUCUAUAGAGGGCACUUUUACUUUGCUCAGACUUAAGACACUGUUAUAACGAGACAGCGUUAUACCGCUGGCAUAAAUCUGUCUCGUUUUAUCUGUAAGUCAAAAUUGCAAUAACCUAUAUGUUUACUAUAGAACUGCGUCAAUCAGCGACGGGCCGCAGUGUAUUGAAUAGAAUUGUUUAUCAUAUCGAUUUCAGUCAACGCGUUUUCGUUCGAUUCGGCGCGCCUCUGGUCGACCUCAGGCUUAACAGUUCUGCGGCAAUGUGCCUUCACCUUAGCAAUGUUGUAUCGUUGUAGCUAUGCAGUAUGACUAAUAAUAUGUAGAAACAGUCACAAAUCACCAGUAAAGUGAUAGGUUUUACUAAAUUUUCGUACCAACCAAGGUGCUAGGAAAAUAUUCUAAUGUGAAUCUCUACUUAUGCAUAUUUAUUUUUCGAUGCUUCUUUGAAUUAUUUAUAAGAAAAUAUGUAAGAUUUUACUAUUAAACAAACAAACAUACUUGAAGUAGUUAUUCACACAUUUAAAAUGAAAAAGUCAUUGUUUUUUUUUUCAGUUUAAAUAUGCUAUAAAGAAUUUAAUAAGCAAUGUUCUAAAUAAAUUAUAAAACUCGAGCAAUUAACACUACCUCUAUAUUAUUGUAAAACCAUGCAUAUACAUCAGUCAUUAAUCUGUUUGUAUGUAAACAAAAGUUUAACUAAACUGUAAGGCGUAAGGCACACCGGCGGAGUUUAGUGGCGGCAAGGCGCGGUUCAUCAUCAUCAUCAACAACAACCUGUGGACGUCCUGUUGGACAUAGACCUUCCUUAAAGAGCGCCACCACACCUGGUGCUCAGCCUUCCUCAUCCAGCCACGUGUUUUAAUUCCUCCUAGCUGAUCGCAGUCGCGAACGAAGGUUAUUCAAGAAUAAGCUUCAUUAUCAUCACCAUCAUCAUCGUCAGACGGCAGACGUCCACUGCUGUAUAUAGUCUUGGCGGGACUUUUACACGCCUAAGAGAGUCUGCCAAGGGCCAACGUACGCCUAGUUCUUUAAAAAGUUUAGUGAAACUUUUGUAAGUUUAGUUUAUAAAUCUUAGUUUAAUCAGUCACAAUUCCGGUUCGUUUAUUUUGUGAUGGCUUUAAAUAUUGAUUUAAUUAUUGUAAA